CUCUUUUCUUCCAAAUUCUUUUCUUCAUCCUUCUUCCCCAAACCCCCAAAACCUUCACCCUUCUCCCCUCCCCCUCAUCCUUCAUAGAAUCAUCAACUGUUACUAAUUGUAUGAUCAUGGAUUUUCUGUUUGAUUCAUUUGAAUUAUGAUAAUCAAAUUGUUUGUUUUUGGAGCUAUCAUUUGUGUUGUGAAGCUGUGAAGGAUGUAAUUUUAUUGUUUUUUAUAUUAUAUACAAGUAGAUUUAGCCUCGAUUUAUGUUCAUUGUGGACAAACAAGGAUAUUUUAGUUUUCAUUAGUUGUAAGCCUGUAUAUUUUGGAUUAUUCUACUAAUCAGAGUCAUUUAAGUUUGUUGCACUCAACUAAAAUAAGGAACAGAAAAAAACAAAAACAAAAAACAGAUUAUGAAGCUAGAGCCAGCAUUUGAGUAAAUAUAGAGAAGAGGAGGUGCGCAGAGGCGCCAGUGAGGAGGUGUGAAAGAUUGUGGGUUUUUAGGAGAGGUAGAGGUAGGACGAAAGAAGUAUUGGAGAGAGGUGAUUAGCCAGGAGAUGACGUAGAUCCAACUUUCCGAGGACAUGAUCUUAGAUAGGGUAGGAAGUUAUAGAUGUUGUGGAUUAGGGUAGAAAGUUAGCAGUUGUUUGAGCUUUGUCGUAUUUCCCGUUAGGAUAGAUUGGUGCAUUGUAUCUGUUGCCUGAUUUUUAUUUUUUUUACCGGUAGUAGUAGGUAGCAUUUGUCUCAUAGUUGGCUUAUCUUACCACUGUUGUUAGUCCUUGCUAUUUACUGCACUUCAGUUAUCACAUUAGUUGGUUAUGGUUGUUGCCCCUCUUUGGUAUGUUAUGUUAUGUUUUUCUUAUUAUUUCUUAUAUCCUUUUUACUUCUGUAUACUCAAGCUGAGGGUCUUUCGGAAAUAGGCGUACUACCUCUUUGAGGUAGUGGUACGGUUUGCGUACACUCUACCCUCCCCAAACCUCACCUUUGAGACUAUUAUGGGUUGUUGCUAUUCCCCGUUGGAACUUGAUGAAGUAGUUGGCAAAUUAAAACAGUUCCUUUGUUGUACACCAAAUUAAUGCUUCAGAUUCUGUUAACAUAAGUACUCAGAUGAGAAUUACCACUAUGGGAUAAAUGCGUGAGGAUUUGGUUAUAUUUAUUUGGGAGACCUUUCUCUUCUUCUGUUGCAUAGAAGUUCCCUUAUUAGCUUUAGCACCAUAUCACUUUGAUUCAUAUGUGCAAAUUCGGCCUUCCAAUACCCAAAGACUAAUUGGAAUGAAAAAUUCUUGAAUUUUAAUUGAGCUCUGGUAUUAUACUUUGACCUUUUAGUUUAUUUGGUUAAGAAAAUUUCUGCAAGACGCAAUGUAACAAGAAUUUUGUUGAAUAUGUACCAUGGUAUUAAUGAUCGCAUUACUGCUAUACUGAUUUGUUUAUACAUCUGUUUAUCCAUUUUCUUUUGUUUUUGGUGGCAAAAAAUUGUGAAUUUUGGGUUGAGAUCAAUUCAAGGUUGUGCUUUCCCUUUGUUCAUUCAAAUUAAUGGUCAUAUGACUAGCUCCACGUGUAUGGUCAAGAGGUUAAUGAAGCUAGAAAGGACCACGGGAGACUGGCGCUCAAGUGCUUUUUUACUUUGAAUGACCUCUCCAUUUCAUUUUACGUGACCCACUUUCCUUAUAAAUCUAUUUAAAAAAUAAUGUUUGUAAAUAAUUUAACUUUGAACUUUCCAUUUGUCGUUAAUGACAUGUUUUUAUUAUUUCCAGACAUUUUUAAGACCACAAAUUUUAAAAGUUUCCCUUUCUUUCUUAAAAUCUGUAUUGAGUCAAACACCGACAUAAAAUGAAAUGGUGGGAGGGGGAGUAUUUAUAGUCAGUCAAGUGCUGUAUAGAGGUCUGCAUGAGAGGGGAGGGGGGAGGGCUAAUUCCCCCAUCGGUCAUCACAGAGAUGGGGAAGAACUUAUUUUAUAAAAUCUGCAGGUUGAAUGUGGUUAGAUUUCAAGUAAGCACUUCUGAUAUAUAGACUGGAAGCUGCAAUUUCAGUCGCUCUCACCUGCAGCUGGAGUAUUCCAUUAUAUACCCUUGUAUUUCUGUCUAAACUUGGAGGAGGCAUUUUACAUUCAACUGAUUCAAAUCCCUGAUGGAUCGGAGGUGGUCAGGGUUCUUCAUCUUCAGGUAUCGGUAAAAGAGAAAUCUAUAGGCUUUCAAUUGUUCAGCAGCAUGGAUAUAGAUCUUCGUCUGCCUUCUCAAGACCAUGAUAAGGAAGAAGAAGAAGAGGAACAAAAUGGAAUUAUAAAUAUGCUCGACAAUGAAGAAAAAAUACAUGGUGAUGACGGAAUGCAUGGGAUGUUGGUUAUUGAAGAGAAGAUGCAUGCAGAAGAUAGAGGGGAUAUGAACACUCCCGUAGGAACUAUGAUAGACUUUAAGGAGGAUGUGAACCUUGAACCGCUGGCUGGCAUGGAAUUUGAGUCACAUGGUGAGGCUUAUGCCUUUUAUCAAGAGUAUGCUCGGUCGAUGGGAUUCAAUACAGCCAUACAAAACAGCCGUCGCUCAAAGACGUCAAGGGAAUUCAUUGAUGCAAAAUUCGCAUGUUCUAGAUAUGGAACUAAACGGGAAUAUGAGAAGUCUGCAAAUCGGCCACGUAGUAGGCAAGGAAACAAACAGGAUCCAGAAAAUGCUACUGGUCGGCGAGCAUGUGCAAAGACAGAUUGCAAAGCAAGUAUGCACGUGAAAAGAAGGCCCGAUGGGAAAUGGAUAAUUCAUAGAUUCGAGAAAGAACAUAAUCAUGAACUUCUACCUGCCCAAGCUGUCAGUGAACAAACAAGAAGGAUGUAUGCUGCAAUGGCAAGACAAUUUGCUGAAUACAAAAAUGUUGUUGGUCUGAAAAGUGACACAAAAGUUCUAUUUGACAAAGGUCGAAAUUCAGCAAUGGAAGGGGGAGACAUAAGUGUUCUAUUAGAGUUCUUUAUUCAGAUGCAAAAUCUUAAUUCCAACUUCUUUUAUGCUGUUGAUGUGGGUGAAGAUCAACGUGUAAAGAACUUGUUCUGGGUUGAUGCCAAAGCCAGGCAUGAUUAUGUGAAUUUCAGCGAUGUUGUCUCUUUUGAUACUACCUAUGUCAGAAACAAAUAUAAGAUGCCCCUGGCUCUUUUUGUUGGGGUCAAUCAGCAUUUUCAGUUCAUGCUACUUGGAUGUGCUUUGGUCUCUGAUGAGAGUGCGUCAACAUUUUCUUGGGUAAUGCGGACAUGGUUGAAGGCAAUGGGCGGUCAAGCUCCGAAGACAGUGAUCACCGAUCAUGACCUGGUAUUGAAGUCAGUCAUUUCAGAGGCUUUGCCGCUAUCCCUCCAUUAUUUCUGUUUGUGGCAUAUCCUGGGAAAGGUGUCUGAUACACUGAAUCAUGUCAUCAAACAGAAUGAAAAGUUUAUGCCUAAGUUCGAGAAAUGUCUUAACAGGUCAUGGACAGAUGAGGAGUUUGAAAAGAGGUGGAGAAAACUAGUUGAUAAAUUUGAUAUCAGAGAAGUUGAAUUGGUUCAUUCACUGUAUGAAGAUCGGGUGAAAUGGGCCCCUACAUUUAUAAGGGAUGUGGUUUUAGCGGGAAUGUCAACGGUUCAACGAUCAGAGAGUGUAAACUCUUUCUUUGACAAAUAUGUACAUAAGAAAACUACCGUCCAGGAGUUUGUAAAGCAAUAUGAAUCAAUAUUACAAGAUAGGUACGAGGAGGAGGCAAAGGCAGAUUCUGAUACAUGGAACAAACAACCUGCUUUGAGAUCCCCAUCACCAUUUGAGAAGCACUUGGCGGGGCUUUAUACACAUGCUGUAUUUAAGAAAUUCCAGUCUGAGGUUGUGGGUGCAACUGCUUGUGGUCCUAAAAGAGAGAAGCAAGAUGAGAUAGUCUUAACAUAUAGAGUUCAAGAUUUUGAGAAGACUCAAGAGUUCAUUGUUACAUUGGAUGAAAUGAAGUCAGAAAUAUCUUGUAUAUGUCAUUUGUUUGAAUAUAAAGGCUACCUUUGUAGACAUGCAUUGAUAGUUCUCCAAAUAUGUGCUGUUUCCUCUAUCCCACCACAAUAUAUUUUGAAGCGAUGGACAAAAGAUGCGAAGAGCAAGUACUCUAUGACGGAUGGAUCUGAAGAUGUGCAGUCAAGGUUCCAGAGAUAUAAUGAGCUAUGUCAUCGGGCUAUGAAAUUGAGUGAAGAAGGGUCGUUAUCUCAAGAGAGCUAUAGUUUUGCUCUUCGUGCACUUGAUGACGCUUUUGGGAGUUGUGUAACUUUUAAUAACUCAAACAAGAACAUGUUAGAAGCUGGCACAUCAUCAGCCUCUGGUCUGCUCUGUAUUGAAGAUGAUAACCAAAGUAGGAGUAUGAGCAAGACAAACAAGAAGAAAAAUAACUUCACUAAGAAACGGAAGGUGAACUCGGAGCCAGAUGUUAUGGCUGUUGGGGCAGCAGACAGCUUGCAACAAAUGGACAAAUUGAACUCCAGGCCUGUGACACUUGAUGGUUACUUUGGCCCGCAACAAAGUGUUCAAGGAAUGGUACAGUUAAACUUGAUGGCACCAACUCGUGAUAACUACUAUGCAAACCAACAGACUAUUCAGGGCCUUGGACAGUUGAACUCUAUAGCUCCUACACAUGAUGGCUAUUAUGGUGCUCAGCCGACAAUGCAUGGGCUGGGCCAAAUGGACUUUUUCCGCUCUCCAAGUUUCUCAUAUGGCAUUCGGGAUGAACCCACUGUAAGAUCUUCUCAAUUGCACGACGAAGCAUCUAGACAUCCUUGAGGAUCACCUUUGUCAUUAAAUAGGAAAGAGGGGUUGCACAUUUCAACUUCCAUUACAGGCUGUUUAUGGAAGUACAACCAACAGGAAGAAUGUUGUAGUAUUUGUUUGUAAAAUAAAAGGGGAUCUUCAAUGUAGGCAGUGCUUUUAUUAUUUGUACCUUUGUUCUUUGAUAAACAAACUCUUUAGGUUAAUCUCACCCUGUAAAGGCUGUUGUGGGAUGUAUUGGUUACAGCAAGUAAAGAUGAUUGGUGUGAAGAUAUAUGUACACUUUUCUUCAAGUGAAAGCGAAUGAGUUGUAAAUGUAGGCAGUGCCUUUUUUUUCUUCCCAUUUGUUGAUAAAUAAGUGUUUCUA